AUGGUUGUCCCUAAGGCUAAAGUGCCGGAUGUUCUACAGCUGUACCAUAGUGGUUGUUCAGGAGGCCACCUGGGAGUUAAACGAACUCUCCUGAAGAUCCGAGAACGGUUUUACUGGGUCCACUAUCGUGACGAUGUCGAGGACUGGUGCCGCAAAUGUACAAGUUGUGCGGCUGUAAAGGGACCUCAUAUUCGUAGUAGAGGCGCAUUGAAAUUGUACAAUGUUGGUGCACCAUGGGAGAGGAUAGCCAUUGACGUUGCGGGGCCGUUUCCAGAAACUGAAAGUGGUAACAAGUAUUUCAUGGUUGUGAUGGAUUUCUUCACUAAGUGGCCAGAAGUCUUCACCAUUCCAAAUCAAGAAGCUUCAACAGUUGCAGAUAAACUAGUUCAUGAAGUCUUCUGUCGUUUUGGAGUACCUUUAGAGAUUCACAGCGAUCAAGGAAGGAAUUUUGAGUCUCAAAUAUUCCAGGAAACUUGCCGAGCUAUGGGUACUCAGAAAACACGAACAACUUCUUACCACCCACAAUCUGAUGGAUUGGUAGAAAGAUUUAAUCAGACAUUGGAGACGUACCUAGCAAAAGUUGUGGAAAAACGGCAACGAGACUGGGACAGGCACAUACAACCGUUUUUGUUGUCAUAUCGAAGCGCUGUUCACGAAAGUACAUCAGUGACACCAGCUUUCGCAAACUUUGGGAGAGAAUUGCGGCUGCCUGCAGACCUGAUCACCGGAAUACCACCUGAUGCCCCACGCAGUAUAACCGAUUAUGCAAAUGACUUGCGGAACAAAAUGAAUGACAUUUAUGAGCUCGUCAGACAGACGGGCCAGCAAACGUCUGAGAAGAUGAAAACACGGUAUGACCGCAAAAUGAACAACAAGGGGUUUGAUGAAGGUUCACUAGUGUGGUUACACAAUCCAGUUCACAGCAAAGGGAAAUCUCCUAAGCUUCAAGCUAAAUGGGACGGACCAUACCGCAUUGUGACAAGGAUCAAUGACGUAACCUACCGGAUACAGAAAUGUGCCAGAGGUACUCCUAAGAUUGUCCAUGUGGAUCGACUGGCGCGUUAA